UGUCUCCCCCCGUGUCUCCCCCCGGUGGCGGGCCCCAGCUGUCUAUGAGCGCCCCCCCGGUGAUCCGGCCGCCCAGCCCCGCGGGCCCCGGCCUCUCCCUCCACAUCCAGAUCGGCCUGAGCCGGGAGCCGGUCCUGCUGCCCGAGCCGGGGGAGCUGAGCCUGGGGGCGGUCAGGGAGAUGGCCUGCUCCAUCGUGGACCAAAAGUUCCCAGAGUGCGGCUUUUACGGGAUGUACGACAAAAUUCUCCUGUUCCGACACGACCCUAACUCCGAAAAUAUCCUGCAGUUGGUGAAAUCCGAGUCUGAUAUUCAAGAGGGAGACCUUAUUGAAGUGGUGCUUUCAGCCUCGGCCACGUUUGAAGAUUUUCAGAUUCGCCCCCAUGCUCUCUAUGUUCAUUCAUACCGGGCUCCGGCGUUCUGUGACCACUGCGGAGAGAUGCUGUGGGGACUCGUGCGGCAGGGCCUCAAAUGUGAGGGAUGUGGUCUUAACUAUCACAAAAGAUGCGCCUUUAAGAUCCCAAACAAUUGCACUGGUGUCCGGAAGCGCAGGCUAUCCAAUGUGUCUCUCCCGGGAAUGUCCAGCAUUCGCACAGUAUCAACGGAAACGGUUCCAUCGCUCUCCGAUGAAGCAUCGUUACUGCAAAAGUCUCCAUCGGAGUCAUUUGUGACGCGGGAAAAAAGGUCCAGCUCUCAGACAUAUAGUGGCCGACCCAUACAACUAGACAAGAUCCUCAUGACCAAAGUGAAAGUGCCUCACACGUUUGUCAUCCACUCCUACACCCGACCCACUGUGUGCCAGUACUGCAAGAAGCUGCUGAAAGGUCUUUUCAGGCAGGGCCUUCAGUGCAAGGACUGCAAGUUCAACUGUCACAAAAGAUGUGCUCCUAAAGUGCCUCAUAAUUGCCUUGGCGAGGUUGCAAUCAAUGGAGACCUGCUAAGUCCUGGAGCAGAGUCUGAUGUGGUAAUGGAGGAAGGAAGUGAUGAUAAUGAAAGUGACCGUACCAGUAGACUAAUGGAAGAAAUAGACGAGUCCCUCACCCCUGAUUCUGAUAUUAACAUGAGCUGCUGCCGUGCUGAGAAUGGAGACAUGCAGGACGCUGACCCAGACCAAGACACAUCUGACCGUAUGAUCAGUCCUUCAGCCAGUAACAACAUUCCCUUGAUGAGAGUGGUUCAGUCUGUCAAACACACUAAGAGGAAAAGCAGCAGUGUCAUAAAAGAAGGGUGGAUGGUGCAUUAUACCAGUAAAGAUACCAUGAGAAAAAGACAUUACUGGAGACUGGACAGCAAGUGUAUCACCCUGUUUCAGACGGAUACUGGAAGCAAAUACUACAAGGAAAUCCCCCUUUCAGAAAUAUUAUGCCUGGAGCCAGCUAAAAACUUAUCCUUAUUACCCCCUGCUGCGAACCCUCACUGCUUUGAGAUCACUACUGCCAACAUUGUAUAUUAUGUUGGGGAGAAUUUGCUCUUCCCAGUGGCUCCUGAGCAAGGAGGUGGGGUGCUUACUAGUGGAGCAGGACUGGACACGGCCCGAAUGUGGGAGAUUGCAAUCCAGCACGCACUGAUGCCUGUCAAUCCAAAAGGAGCCAAUUCUGGAAGCAAUCAGCACAGGGAUGUAUCAAUCAGUAUCUCUGUAUCCAACUGCGAGGUGCAGGAGAAUGUGGAUAUUAGCUCAGUGUAUCAGAUUUUCCCAGACGAAGUGCUUGGAUCUGGACAGUUUGGUAUUGUAUAUGGAGGUAAACACAGGAAGACCGGAAGGGACGUGGCCAUCAAAAUCAUUGAUAAAUUGCGUUUUCCGACCAAGCAGGAGAGCCAACUGCGCAAUGAGGUUGCCAUUUUACAGAAUCUGCACCACAGAGGAGUAGUCAACUUGGAGUGUAUGUUCGAGACACCAGAACGGGUGUUUGUGGUCAUGGAGAAGUUGCAUGGUGACAUGCUUGAGAUGAUCUUGUCCAGUGAAAAGGGACGGUUACCCGAACGCAUCACAAAGUUUUUAGUCACUCAGAUCUUGGUCGCACUACGUCACCUUCAUUUUAAGAACAUUGUCCACUGCGAUUUAAAGCCAGAGAACGUGCUACUUGCCUCAUCAGAUCCUUUCCCACAGGUUAAACUGUGUGAUUUUGGUUUUGCUCGUAUAAUUGGAGAGAAGUCAUUCCGGCGUUCAGUGGUGGGGACUCCUGCCUAUCUAGCCCCAGAGGUGCUUAGAAAUCGCGGUUACAACCGAUCACUAGACAUGUGGUCUGUGGGGGUCAUAAUCUACGUCAGUCUUAGUGGGACAUUCCCCUUCAAUGAGGACGAGGAUAUUCACGACCAAAUCCAGAAUGCAGCUUUUAUGUAUCCACCAAACCCUUGGAGGGAGACCUCUCCUGAUGCCAUCGAUCUUAUCAACAACUUGCUGCAGGUGAAAAUGAGAAAGCGUUACAGUGUGGACAAGACCCUUUACCACCCAUGGCUACAAGAUUACCACACAUGGCUGGAUCUGCGUGAACUGGAGUUCAAAAUUGGGGAACGCUAUAUCACUCACGAAAGCGAUGACCCACGCUGGGAGAUGUAUGCAGGGGAUCACUGCCUUCAGUAUCCCCCUCACCUCUUGCAUAUGUCCUGCAUUGAGCCAGAGGAUGCGGAAAUGAGGGCACUGGAGGAGAGAGUCAGUAUUCUCUGACACCCAGGCUGUGCCGUUCGGUAUCUUUUACACCACUCUGGUAACAGGGAAAAGAACACUUUGGUAAAGUGAUGAAAUGCUGGGGUAAAGUUGGCAACCCAACGAUAUUCAUCAUUCACCGAUUUUUAGCCUCAACGAUGCAAAGAAUUACAUGAGGGGCUUCUCUUGAGAAAGGAUUUACCCCAACCCUGCCCUAACUAGCUGCAUCAACCGAACCUGUUAAAUUCCUUUUGAAAGACUCAUGAAAACGCUCUGCUGGAGCAGUCUAGAAGGGGCCAUUCAUAUCAGAUUGAGGAUAAAACACAUUGUAAGGACCUGACCGUUUUUUCUUUGUAGAAUUCAAUCUCUGAAAUUAUGAUGGUUUACAAUGUAACUUGUCUUCUGCUCCCGGGGCCUGCAAUGCAUUGUGGUUCUGAAUUAGUCUACCGGUGGCAUCUGAAUUCUUAAUAGCUGCAUUCUAAAGUCUUAAUAAUGAAUGUGUGGAUAUGAACUAACAUAUACACACUGUAUUUUUGUGUUAAAAUAACAUGAUUGAGAAACACUUUCUCAUGAGGUCAAAAGGGAAUCAGGUCUGCCCAAUUAUUAUGGCAGGCAUAGAAGCUAUAGUCUUUCGGAAUUCUUAGUAAUCACUCUCUAAUGCGUUGCAGGCACAGUAAGCAGAACAAAAAUGUUCAUGGUGGUCACAGUUAUUGUCUUUUUGUUUGUUAAUUUGACUGUAGAGAAAGCCUUGUGUUUAUUUAAUUCUUGGCAUGCGAGUCCUUGUUUGUUAUGUAAAAUGCCCUUAAGAAGUUGGCUGACCAAAAAACCCAGGGAUCAAGAGCAGGCUGGACAGCAAAUCCAAAAUGUUACUAUAUGUCAAAAAAAGUGAUCACAGAUUAACCAAGGACCGAUGCCCUUUUCUGGGGCACUACCGAGGUUUCCUUGACCUUUACUCGUAUAGCCCUCUGAUUUGUUCUUGUUUUCAUUUAAUUGUAUUAAAAAAAGUUACUAAAUUUUUUUUUUUUUUUUGCUAAAGGUCAAAUAUGGUGUUAUUUAGCAACUAUUUCUUUAUUUUCCAUAUUAUUCUCCUGGCAGA